CUCUUUGGUUUGCCUAUCCCUUUUACUUCCUUUCUCUUCUGAAACUCUAAUUCUAAAAUCCCAAAGCUACAUAAAAGAAAAAAAGAAAAAAGAAAAAUCACAGUCCAAAGCGUUGUUUCAAUCAAUAAGGAGUUUGAAGAAAGCGUAUGACGUCUGAGAAUUCUAGUGGGGAAAAGACAUCAAGAAAGAGGCGAAAUGGGUAUGUUUCGGUAGUGGACACUUUGAACAAGUGGAAGAAGUUGAACAACCAAUUGGAGGAUUUGGCAAAAGAUGGAGUAGAGGAAAUUCGUAGAGUUCCAGCCAAGGGCUCAAAGAAGGGUUGCAUGCGAGGGAAAGGAGGUCCUCAGAAUUCAGAUUGUAAUUUUAGAGGCGUUAGACAGAGGACUUGGGGAAAAUGGGUAGCUGAAAUUAGAGAGCCAAUUGCUAGUAAUAAUACCCGUAUGAAGAAGAAAGGCAGUCGUUUAUGGCUUGGCACUUUUGCCACUGCUUACCAGGCUGCUCUUGCUUAUGAUGAAGCUGCUAAAGCCAUGUAUGGCCCUUUUGCCCGUCUCAAUUUUCCUGAUUCUUCUCCUCUUCUUCUGAAACCAUUAACAGCAGAGCAUUCUGAUACCAUAUCCCCAGUUGCUUCUUCCUCCUCGUCUUCUUCCUUCUUCAAUGAACUAUCUGCGGAGAAAAUGAAUUGCUGUUAUUCAAUGGAUAAGCAAGAGAAUUGUGGCUAUGAAUCAAUGGAGGAACUGAAGGUGAAAGUGGAAGAAACAGCAAGAAGUAGAGUCAAUUAUACAGAUGCUAAACCCAAUUCAUUUUAUGAUUCUAACAUUGAGAACAAAUUAACAGAAGGAAAUAUCAAGGAAGGAUUAGCUGAUGUUGUAAGAAGCCAUAAUAUUAAUACAGACAGCCAUGAUCAGAAUGACCCUUCUGAGUUUUGUUUCAAAUUUGAAGCUAUGGACACAAAUGGAUGCAAUGACUUCAACGAAUGCAAUCAAUAUGUGCUACAAAAGCUUCAGAGUGAUCCAUAUGCAAGAACUUACUGGAUUCCGGCCAAGUGGGAGAUUGGCGAUCUUGGGUCCGCGACUGUGAUGGAAGGAAAGCCAAUGGAGAUCGAGAGCUAUGGAGAUUGUAUGGCCUUCAACCGUGAUCUGAGUUUGUUGCUGGAUAGGCAAAAAUACAUGGGAGUUGGAGACCAGAGAAUUGAUGAUUGUAAUAACUUUGAGUUUUUGAGACCUGAUUAUGAUUUUGGAUUGGAGGAGGAACGCAAGUGGCUUGAUUUAUGCUUCCAUGGAUGAAGAUUGAAAGUUUAGGCAGGGUUGUCUUUUGUUUUUUCGUUACAAAUUUAUUCUAUUUUGAUCGUACAUAGUUAGUUUCAUUUCUUCUCCUUUUUGCGGACCCCUGUUCUUUUGUACACCUUCAAUAACACAUGAGAUUUAGAAUGAUG